AACACGGCUAGCUAGCCUGCUGGCUAAAUAAGCUUACUUUUUACUACAAGUUCGUGUUAGAUGUUUAUGACAAUCAAUAUUUUAUUUUAAGCAAGUCUGAGUUUUACUGACUUCAGGAACCUCGCGGCUAACGAUAAUGCAAGUCUUUCAUUCAAUAUUUGCUCUAGCUAACUAACGUUAGGUAGCUAUUGUAAAUUGUCUUAUAUUGGCUAACGGCCUCAUAUUCAUAGUUCAUAUUUUACGCGUCAUACUCUACGAUAACUUCAGCUAGUUAUCUUGUGUGUCAGUCUAAAUCCAUCCAUUUGGAAUCACGGCUAAUGUUUAGCUAUCUAACUAGUCAGUUAGCCUGACAGCUGGCUAGCUAUUGAACAGGUUGCAAGUCCUCCAUCAUCACAUCUGCCAGGCGGACUCAACCAGCAUGGAUUACCAGAACACAGCGAAUGCAGUUGGGGACUGUCUUUUGAGCUACACCAAGGACGAGUCUGGGUGGAAAGUCUGCAAGAAAUCGAAUGACGUCAUCGUGUCCUGGCGGCCAUCGACUGAGUUCCCUGGGAAUGUAUAUAAGGGUGAGUCGGUGGUGAAGGGAAGCCCAGAGAAGGUAUGGGAGUGUCUGAAGCCAGUGCCAAAUGGACUGCGGGUGAAAUGGGACAACAAUGUCAAGAAGUUUGAGCUGGUUGAGCAAGUCACUGAGAACGUCACUGUCUGCAGAACAGUCACUCCAUCAGCAGCCAUGGGCAUCAUAGCUCCCAGAGACUUUGUCGACGUUAUUCUAGUGAAGCAAUACGAAGACGGCACCAUUACAUCCAAUGCCACCCACGUGAACCACCCCAACUGCCCUCCCCAGUCAGGGUAUGUGAGGGGCUUCAACCACCCCUGUGGCUGCAUCUGUGUCCCCAUCUCUGGGGAGCCAAACAAAACACAGCUGUUCAGUUUCUUCCAGACGGACCUGGGGGGCUUCCUGCCUCGCUCCGUGGUCGACUCUUUCUUCCCAUCCAGCAUGGUGGAGUUCUACAGCAACCUGGCCAAGGCCAUCAAGUCCCUUAAGGACCACUGAUACACUCCUACUAUACCUUCCCUUAGCCCUGGUCCCAGAUUUGUUUGUGCUGCAUAACCAACUCCUGGCACCAGGUGAUACUCAGAUCUGGGACCAGCAUUCAGCGGGACCAAAAAACACAAUGAUUAGCUAUGUGAAUGGUUUAGUUUUAAAGAGGCUAUAUGGAACUUUUCACCUCGGGGCUUUUUAACUGAAAGGGACAGAUUGAUGUAAAUUGAUUUGAAAAAUCCUUAUUUGAGAGCAUGGGGCACACCUUUCUAGACUAAAAAUAAGGAUUGUGUUUCAUGAGUAAAUGAAUAUUUUAUAUCAACCAUACAGGCAACACUCAAGCCAAAAAUGUAGAUAAACAAUUAGCAACUCAACUUCUGUACAGCCUCUUUAAAAGAGUGGUCACCUGGCCUUGGAGCAAACUGUAUCUGAGCUUAAAGGGAGAUGAUAUUGGAUGAUCUGAGGGAAGGAAGUGUGCAGCUUGUUUGUCCCAGCACUAAACACAGCUGGUUUCAGGUCAUUGAGGUCUUGGUUCAUUUCUGUAAUAAUGGUGUGUUAGUGCUGGAGCAAAGAGCCUGCACCCCUGGUACUGUUGCUCUCUUGGACCAGGAAUGGUGGCCACUAGUGUAGUCUUACAAAAAGGUUGAGUGUCUGUUCUAAUUUCAUUCAUUCAACCCUGGAAAAAGAUUGAAUAUGAAUUUCUCAUAGAGGUUGAUGUGCAAUUUUCUUGAGUUGAAGCGAUUGAAAUGGAAUUGACCUUAGCCCUGAUGUUAAAGUUGCAAUUUGUAAGUUAUUUUUCCCUCUUUCUUGUUACAAUAGAGUACCAAAAACAAUAAUCAUGAACCCACCCCCAAAAAACACAUGUUACAUUAUUGGACAUAAUGUAGUUCCUGUUCUUCUUGGUUUGUUUUUUCUUCUUCAUGUGGGUCCACUAGCAAACACCCUGCCUCUUAGUCCUCGAACCGGAAAUCCUACUUACAGACCCCACCUUUAAGCACUCUGGGCCGCACCUUGAAGACUAGAUCUAGAGGUCCAUUUUGCCAAACUCUACUUCCAAAACAAAUAUUUCCUGUACAUU